GGCUGUCAUUCCCAUUCAAGCCACCUUUUCUCAGUCUAAUUAAAACCUCUCCUUCUCUCUUUCAUCUUCCAUUAAUCUCUCUUCAUCUUUUCUCAAAAUCCCAUUUUUUGUUUCUGGUUUUCAUCAGUUUUAGAUCUUCAUCUUUUUCAUUUUAGAUAGCUGCCUGCAGGUUGCUCUGUUUCAUUCUGUUUUUACUCUGUUUUUGUAUAUAUCUCAACCAACAGAGCAAGUAUCAAUGGCGGCCAACAAAUUUGCAACCAUGUUGCAUAGAAACACCAACAAGAUUACGCUUAUUCUAGUCUAUGCAGUUCUUGAAUGGACUUUGAUCGUUCUCCUUCUUUUAAAUUCUCUAUUUUCUUAUCUAAUCAUCAAGUAUGCAGAGUAUUUUGGCCUUAAAAAGCCCUGUGUUUGGUGUUCGAGGCUCGAUCACAUGUUUGAAUCUUCAAAGAAAAGAGAUUCUUAUAGAGAUCUUGUAUGUGAUGAUCAUGCUAAAGAGAUUUCCAAGCUGGGGUUCUGUUCAAAUCAUCAUACUCUGUCUGAAUCAAAAGAUAUGUGUGAGGAUUGUUCGUCAUCGUCGCAUCAUGAGUUCUUAAAGGAUUAUGCUUUCUUUCCAUGGAUGAAGAAGAUUGGAAUGGUUCAAAACGGUGAAGAUGGUGCUCAAAAUGGUGAGGUGGAGGCCAAAUGUUCUUGCUGUGGAGUCAAAUUGGAGAGAAAGUUUUAUUCCCCAUAUGAGUUGUUUAAGCCUUCUUGGGAAGUCUUGGAUUAUCCCAAAAAGGAAAAUUUGAUUGAAGAAGGUGGAGAUGAUGGUCAUUUUGAUCAAAGUAGAUCAGAUUCUUUGGCUAACCAGCUUGAAGAGGUUCAGAAAAUUGCUGAAGAUAUGGGAAUUUUAAUUGAGGGAAGAGAAUUGGUGACCGAGGAGAUAUUUUCACGUAAUGAAGAGGAUAAAGUGGAUGCUGUUAUAGAGAAAGAACAAGAGUCUUCUUCUUUAAAGGAGGAAGCUUUGAAUGCUUCAAUGGAGGAUCCAUCUUGUGAUGAGAGUAAAAAAGAAGCAACUCCUGAAAUUGUGACCAAGCAUUUAGAGUUUUACAUAGAUGGAGAGGAUUGCCAUUUGAUUCCAGUUGAAUUGAUGGAUCCGGCGACAGCUGAAGUGAAAAGUGGAUACAAAUUGAGGGAGGAAGGUGAGGGAAAUGGUCAAAAUGAAGAUGUUAUUUUGGAUUUUACUAUGAAUGAUUUUGAGGCUGAAGCUGAAGUUGAGUUUGCCACGGAGAAUAUGAAGAAAAGGGUCAGUUCAGAAGAGGCAAUGGCUUCACUUUCAGCCCAUGAAAGUGAAGAACAAACAAAGGCUAUGGUGCUUGAACCAGUGGAAGAAGAGGAUGAGAAUGAGUGGUCUUCAUUUAUUCAAGCAGAAGUUGGAGAUUUGAUCGAAGAUGAGCACGUAGCACAAACGCCUCAGACUCCGUCUGUUGAUGCUCAAGAAGCUGCUGAAGCAAGAGAGGAAACAGCAGGAGGAGAUUUUAACCAAGUUUCUGAUGAUGUGUUUCAAAUGCAAAGCGAAGAAAUCAAUGGCGAAAUCUCGAUCGGGACAGAGAUUCCUGAACAUGAACCAAUUGAUGAUAUUCAAAAUGAGCAAGGCCAUUUUGCUAGUUCUUCAGAAUUGCAUGUAGAUGAUGAUGAAAAUGAUUUUAAGCAAGUUGAAGAUGGUAAUGUAGGGUUCAAGACCAUAAAAAUUGAGGGAAGUGAAGAGGCAACAAUCGAUAAUUUUUCGAAAUCUUUGGAGGUUAUCAAGAUUGAAGAAGAGAAAGUUCCUGAUACCCCAAGUUCUGUUGAUAGUCUUCAUCGAUUGCAGAAGAAAUUCUUACUACUUGAUCGAAGAGAAUCGGGAGCAGAAGAGUCCUUGGAUGGGGGAAGUGUUCUCAGUGAUAUUGAUUCUGGAGAUGGAGUGAUGACAGUAGAGGGUCUAAAAUCAACAUUGAGAGCGGAACGAAAGGCGUUGAAUGCCUUAUAUGCAGAAUUAGAAGAAGAGAGGAGUGCUUCAGCAGUGGCAACAAACCAGACGAUGGCGAUGAUAAAUAGGCUUCAGGAAGAGAAAGCGGCAAUGCAGAUGGAAGCUUUGCAAUAUCAAAGAAUGAUGGAGGAACAAUCAGAGUAUGACCAGGAAGCAUUGCAGCUUUUGAAUGAACUUAUGAUAAAGAGGGAAAGGGAGAAGGCGGAGGUAGAAAAAGAGCUGGAAUUAUAUCGAAAGAAGGUUCAGGAAUACGAGGCGAAAGAGAGGAUGAUGAUGUUGCGAAGGAGCAGAACUUCCUCUGCUUCUUGCAGCAAUGGCGAGGAUAGUGACAGUCUAUCUGUCGAUUUGAAUCACGAGGCGAGGGAAGAAGAAAGCCCGGAAAACAACCAAGAAAGCAGCAACCAGAAAACUCCUGCUGAUGCAGUUCUAUAUUUGGAGACGUCAUUGGCUAAUUUUGAGGAAGAAAGGCUAUCCAUUCUAGAGCAACUCAAGGUUUUGGAAGAGAAAUUGUUCGUAUUAAACGAUGAAGAGGAGCGAAUUUUCGAGCAUAUAAAAUCAGCUGAUCACUUACACAAAGAGAAUGGCAAUGGCUACACUGAGGAUUAUGAUUUUGAAGGUGAAACUAAUGGGCUAGCAAAUGGCUAUUUUAAAGAAAUGAAUGGGAAACUUCACUACCAAGGAAGGAAAAUUUUGGGCGCAAAGGCUAAGAGACUGCUUCCUCUUUUUGAUGCAAUUGGUACAGAAACUGAAGAUGGAAUUCUGAAUGGACAUGAGCUCGAAUUCAAUUCUGUCGCAUCACAGAACUCAUCUAUCACAAAAUUCGAACUCGACUGCAAGAGAAAUGCACUCGAGGAAGAAGUCGAUUAUGUCUAUGAAAGGCUGCAAGCCCUUGAAGCUGAUAGAGAGUUCCUCAAGCAUUGCAUCACCUCCUUGAGAAAAGGAGACAAAGGAGUAAUUCUUCUCCAAGAAAUCCUACAACAUCUUCGCGAUCUCAGAAGCGUCGAGCAUCGAGCAAGGAACAUCGAAAAUGUCAAUUCAUAAAAACAGAACUUCAUCCAAAAAGUUACAGAUUGUUCAAAUCAGAAGAUCAGCCUGAUGAUCUUAUCUUGGUGGACAACAAUUGAAAUUUCAAGGUCUACCCGUUUUUUAUUUUUUAUUUUAUUGGUUUUGGUGUCAAAAGUGGACCCAAAUUUUUGGUGGGUUGAGCUCAUCAUGCACCUUUUUUAAGGGAAAAAAAGUGAAUGAUGAGUGUCAUGUCUGUGUAGGGAAGUGAGCUUCUGAAGGCAACCAAGCUGUCAAUUUGUAUUUGUUUGUGAGCUAAGAGAGAGGCCUGGGCUCAAUGAUCCAACAAAGAUUCCAGAUUGCCAGGCAAAAUUAGGGUUAGUUUAUUAUUAGACAGUUAGGGAAUUAGCGGACCUUUUUUUUAUUUUGGUCUUUUCUUUUUUUAUUUCACAAGGGGGUUUUGUUCUUUUUUUAUUAUUUUGUAUACUAAAUGUAUCCAUCCAUCCUUCUGUAAGUAGAUAAAGCGAGUGUUUUUUAUGGUUUUUUUUAUAAUAAUAAAAUUAUAUGUAUUUAGAUUUGAAUAUU